AGUUUACGGGUACGUUCAGUUUUCACAUUCAGUUGAAGAGCGACAACGCAACGAAUAUUUUGUAGUUCCAACGCGUGGAAAUUACAAGGCUUCGCACGAAUAUUCAAACGAAAGCCAACGAAGCCGAAACAAAUUUACGAAAAUGGUGUCUGUGGAAACAAUUGGUUCGAUUUUCAUUAAAGCCCUUAAGCUGAUCAUCAACUUGGUCAUCAUAUUCCUCUACCGUUGGGGCGAUGGUGGCGAAUUUUUGGGCAUUGGCGGCACAUGGAAUUUAAAUGAGGAGAAGAGCGCAGAUGCGGAAAUCGUUGCCUCCGGCGUCAUGGUUGGUUUCUUCAUCUAUACGGCCAGUCACACAAUUGCCUUUGCGUUCGGCACCACCAAGCACAAGGGUGAACUCUGCGACACCAUCAUGAACGUGGUGGGCACAUUUAUGUGGAUUGCUGUGGGAGGUGUGGGUCUACACUACUGGAAGGGCUACAUGUCCGACGAGGGCUUCUUGUAUGUGAACUCUGAGCGCCAGGUGGGCAUUGCCAUGGGCUCGUUGUGCGUCAUCGAGGGUGCGCUCUAUCUACUGGACACCGUGCUCGCCUGCAUACAUUAUUCGAAGGGCGACACCGACUACACACAGUAAUUCGAAAUGGAGAAGCUGGAUGCAGCGCGUCGCCCGAAUAAUUCUAAUUUGUUUUUACAUCUACAGCUAAUUUUAAGUGUAAAUUAUGACUCGUCGUUCACUGUCACUGUUCACUGUGUAAUUUGAUUUAAGUUUUAUAUAUUCCCAUACAUUCUUUAAUUUGGCUCCACGCUCCUACUAUAUAACAAUGGCAAAUACAAAUAGUUAAGAUACAGCCAAGAGA